UAGGAUGUAAAUAAUUUAUCCUAUAUUUUCAUCUCAUAGUAAGUAGUAGUAUUUUAAGAUUAACGAGAAAGCUAUAGGAUAGUAAGCGAGAAAUAAUAGUCAGCUUUCAAAAGAUUUAAUAUUCUUACAAAUACAGACGCCUGUCAGAACUUUUUUCAGGUGGCAUUUGAAAGUCAGAUGCACAGAUCGUGAUAUUUGUGUAAGAUAAAGCUCGUCUCUCGGUAGUUUUCUUGUUGCAAGUUCUAGAACUUGAAGGGAUAAAAAUGACGUAGAACUUUUAGCAAAAUAAGCGAAUAAAAAAACACAGUUAUUAAAUCUUAAUUUUAAUUUUAAGUUAAUGUUGAAAUCCAACGACUUAAAUUUUAGAAAAAAUAUAGUCUUAACAACGUAUUGCGUAUCGAUCUUGCUAAGGUAAACGAUAAAAUUAUGAUGCAUCUAUAUAUUUGAGACACAUUAUUAUUUUAAUUAUAUAUAUUGUAUAUUAUAUCUCGUUAAUUAAUUACAAACAGGACUUUAUCAUGUUAGCAUUUGCUGUUCGCGGUGUAGUCCUACUCGGCGUGUUAAGCUGGUAUAGCGCCACUGUAUGGAGGAUGAUCGAUGGUUAUUUCAAGGACCAGUUUCGCGAUUAUUUACAGAACGAAUAUCACAAGCAUCCGCAAAUGAAAGUCGAAGUCGAAAGCAUCAGGAUCGUCGAUAAGAGUCCCGUUCCGAGCGAAUUAACCAUCGAGUCGAGUCUGAAACACGACAUCGCGGAGACCUACGGUCCUGACUUGUCUAUGACUUGUUCGGUCGACACUUGUCAGCAAGCAAUCGGAGCUUCGAGUGGAAAGUCGGAAGAGUCGGUGGCAGGUGGUACCGGCGAAAACGCGGCCGACACCGGUAAAAAGGUAAAGGAGAAGACUUUUCUAGGUCGAUCAGAACUGGAAAGUAGGAAAUCAUUGAACGGCAACGACGCGAAUGACGAAGAGCGCCAACCGAAGAAUGUUGUCAAUCGAAACGGCAAUCAUGAGAAUGAAGCGAUCAAGGAGUCGUCCUCAUGUCGUCUCAACAAGAAGAAAUUAUCGAAAGCGUCGAAGGAAAUCUUGAGAGAAACAUCGCAGGGAAAGUCGAAGAAACGAAGAAUAAAUACAAUCGUUCUGACGGAUGCUGAUUUCGCCGGAGCGAAGAUCAGGAGCGAUGCAAAUGAUUUUUCAGAGUUCGAAGAAGAGGAAAAUCAGAGAAUCCGCGAAGAAGGAAUCCUCGUAUCGGAUUUGCCAUUCAAGCCUAAAGCGGACAUUGGCAACUUGGAUAGGGUUACUGCAGAAGAGUUUUGUCCUCUGACCUUGGAGGACGAGGCUUCCUGCGGAGAAACCACCACGUGGCCAUGACUACGCUUGAUGCACAUCGUUGCAUUGUGGGAUUGAAAGUGUUGGAGACUGCACGAGAAAAGUUAUGCAUUAACAGCGGGAUCUCGAAAGACUAGGGACAUGCUGAGAAGAGAAAGAAAGAGAAAACUGCGAGUAUUAUUAUAAUAAAUCUAUCCAAUCAGUUUUGCAGUUCUAUUAAAGACGCUAAUGAGACAGAUGCAAUAUGAAAAUAUUUUACAUCUUUACGUUUUUAUUGAUAUUUUAUUUG